AUGUUGCAGCACGACGCCGCCGGCCAGUCAUCGCCCGCCUUGGUUCUGGUGGCGCCGCUGCCUCGUCGACCCAUCGCGCUCGUCGCUCGUCGCAAUGGCCACCAUUCCAACUCUCGCUCGCGCUCCUCCCGCGCCGUCUCCAGCAGCAGCGCCGUCCCCGUGCCGUACCAGUCGCCGCUGCCUUCGUCGCCCGACUCGACCAACACCUCCAAUGCAAUCACCACCGCCUCGGCGCAGCAGCACAGCUCGGCGCGCCUGGUGAGCCAUCCCUACACACGCACAAAGACGCUGAGCAAUGCAAACCACCUGCCCGCGCCCGUCUCGCCUGCCUCCUCCGCCGCCAGUCCUUGGUCCUCGGGCUUGUCCACCAUCUUGCCCGCGUCGCCACCAUCGCGCACACGCUCUAGAAUCGCAUCAGACGAUGGCGCUUCCUCCCGCGCUGCGUCCUUAUGCCCAGACAUUGCUACGCACGAGCGGCCCGCGCGUCCUGCGGUAAGCAGCAACGUUGUCCUCGUACAUCCCUCGGCUGAGGCCGGAUCGCGCAAUCCGACGCUCAGCGACACCACAACACCCGACGAGCCCAUGCUAGCAUCUCCCGAUAUCGCUUCCGACCACAUCUCGCCCGUGCCCAGCAUGGAUGUGGAGCUGACGCCAACCAAGAACCGCGUCCUGGCUGCAAAGCGCUCGGCGCUUGUGACAAGCGAACCUCAGCUUGGGCCUCGCUUCACUCACCCGGGCGCCGCCGUGGCUGCGCAAUCCGAGACGUGUGGUCUCACUCUCUCGCCCACGUCGCCUACGACGCAGAGAUUCAACGCCAUGGCUUCCGCCUCAGCCCAGCUGCACCUUUCCGCCUCCCCGCCCGCCGUGCCUCCCAGCGCCGAGCGGGCGUGCAUCGUCUUGAACGCCGAUGCAGAGAUCGGCUCAGCCUCCAUGACACCUUCGCCGUGUCUGUCCGAGAGCCUCUCGCGCAGCCCCACCGCUAGUCCUUCGCCUUGCCCCUCGCCACCGCUAGGCGCGCGCACCGACGCACAACCCCUCCGAGGCGGAAACCCUGCACGCGCUGAUACCCGGCGAGACGCUCGCCACAAGAUGGAUCUACGGCUGCCCCCAUUGCCCCUAUCGCCGAUUCCGCGCAAGAUGACGCGCAACCCGUUUGAACGCUAUCUUCUCGCCCAUAGCCCGCCAGAUAUCAACGCACGCGCCGAUCACAGUGGCAGCGCUGCGCUGCAUGCGCGUCUUGUGCGCGCCAUCACACAGAACGUGGAUGCCACGCCUCCAGUACUCGUGGCCAUCGAAGCCCGCCUUGCUGGAAGCGGAGCGUCAGACGUCGACGAAGAGAUGGCCAGUGUAGAAAACGCGAGCAGCGCAAGGCCACGCAGCUCUGCAGGUCCCAACACCAUUUAG